AUGGCGGCACCGUAUAGUACACCAGACCAAUUGCUGAGGUGGAAUGGGAAUAACCCAGGGACCUUCGUUGAUAACGCUUCGAAUGGAGUAAACUCUUACGGCGUUAUGCCGCCCUCGGCACCAUCACAGUACCCUCAAGCUACCCCUUCGAACGUCGUUGCGAGGCGAGGCAUGAACAAUGCUCUCGUUGCCACUAAUCGCGCAUUCACCCCGCAACAGAACGACACAUGGCCGGGCUUUGAGGAGAAUCUGAUUGCAAGUCAGCCCAGUGGGACUGUCGACGAGCAUGACAACAUAGAGUUACUUGAGGAGAAGGCUCAGAGGGCAAAGAGGGAGGCCCAGGCGAAGCGGAAGCAGAUCCCUCCUUUCGUACAAAAGUUGAAUAGUUUUCUGGAAGAGUCGAAGAAUACGGAUCUAAUUAGGUGGUCAGAGAAGGGUGACUCUUUUAUUGUUCUCGAUGAAGAUGAGUUUGCCAAGUCCUUAAUUCCUGAGCUCUUCAAGCACAAUAACUACGCGUCCUUUGUUCGGCAACUCAACAUGUACGGAUUCCACAAGAAAGUUGGCCUUUCAGAUAAUUCUAUGAAGGCUAGCGAACGUAAAAACAAGAGCCCAAGCGAAUACUACAACCCUUACUUCAAGCGUGGUCACCCGAAUCUGCUUUGGCUAAUCAACAAGCCGAAAAGUGGUGGCCCUAAAAAGCCUAUCAAGAAACGAGAAGAAGGUGAGGGUGAGAGCGACGAGGAUGUUAUCGUGGCAGAUGAAGCCAUCGGUCACCCUUUCCCUCAACCAACUACGCAGAAUCGAGCACUACCAGCACCAGAGACAGGGCCACUCCAAAAGAAGGAAUUGGCAGUCGUCAGAGAUCAAAUGGCGGCGCUGCAGACGCGGCAGAAACAAAUCAGCGAAGCCAUCCAGCGGCUCCGGCAAGAACAUAACCAACUUUAUCAGCAAGCAAUCAUGUUCCAGAAUAUGCAUGACCGUCAUGAGAACUCUAUCAAUGCCAUCCUAAAUUUCCUAGCGAACGUCUUUAGAAAGUCGCUCGAGGAGCAAGGAGGCGUGCAGAAUGUGAAUGACCUACUAGCUAGCAUCAUACCCAAUGUACAGAUGCCAACGGCGCAAGGCCAAGGUAGUGUGGUUGAUCUAGGGGAUUGGGUGCAACAGCAGGUGCCCAAUACCUCGGCGCCGGUGGGUACACCGAAGAGACAGCAUCGCCUUUUGCCUCCUAUUCCUCAGAAUCAAAGCAUUAAAACACCUCCAGUGAUGGCAUCUACUACCGGUACUCCCGCGUCAUUUUCAAACUAUUCGAAUCAGCAGCAAUCACCACAGAUGGGGCAUGUCACAGAAGUCAUUGACACCCCAAUAGAGUCGCCGACUCCUGCUUACCUCAAACAAGAACUCGAGUCGAAUCCUCAGGAGGGCAUGAUGAAGAUUAUUCAAGACGCGAACACGAAUGCGGGGAAUCAUUCCGUUGACCUACCCAAUGUUGCUGCUCAUACGUCAGCAACUCUGACAAAUGACCAGCGGAACCGCAUGUUAAGCAUCAUGUCUGGGGGCCAUAGCAGCGCUACCCCCACUCCUCUCUCCUCGGCCUCUUCGCCCCCAAUACCGACAACAACAAGUCCAUCCUCCAUAGGAAUUCCAUUAACUGGAGGUAUACCUGCCGUGGGCGGGCGCAAUUCACUGUCCCCUAUCUUAUCAUCAAUCCCCCCACCGUCGAUCCAACGAAUAUCGCAAACGGAGGAAGAGCUCGAACAGCUUCAACGCCUGCAAAGUGAACAGGCCCAGAAGCUGGAUGAUCUCAACCACCUGCUAGGUCCCCUAAGUCCAUCAGGCCGAAUACCUGGCCUAGAUGAUUCGAGUGCCUAUUUUGAUGAUAACAUCGACUUGAACCAAUACCUAGACCCAAAUGCAUAUACCGCUGACACAUCCGGAAACGACUUCAACUUUGAUACCACAACCUUCAACGACGGCACCAAUUUUGACUGGAAUGCCGACGGCAGUGAGUUUGCUGCCACCGAUGGUCUAAACACAGGACGGAUCGUAGAGACAAAUACGCCAAGCCACAAGUCGCCAAGUCCGAGCGUUACUGAGGAGAUAUUACGAAAUGAUUUAGACGAUAGCCCCAGCCGAGCUACCAAAAGGCAAAGAAAGGCAUAA